AGCUGAGACGCAGCGCUAAAAUUGAGAAGUAAUGAGGUGACAUGACGCACGGACGGUCUACAACGCCAACGGUCUACUACAACGGUCGGUCUACCACCCACAGCUCCAGCACUGCAGCACUGCCAGCUCGUCAGGCCCCUGCGCACGCGACUACACGUCUACAGAGUUCCCCCCUGAAGAAAAAAAAGUGAGUCAUGCCACCAGUACUAGAAUCUUGUUUUCCAGGCACUUGUCGUCCCACGCAGUGCAGUCAGUGUUUAUUUGGUUUGAUUACAGUCGGUAAUGGAACAGGAAGGUUGUGUGGUGUUCGAGCUGGUCAUUUUGUAUAGCGUUUUGUCACGAGCUCGUGCUAGUUCUGCGGGGAAGUGAAGACUCCUUGCGGCCAUCGCCGGACCGCGGAGUUGGAGGAGCCGCUAUCAAUUGCCAGCUGCUUAGUGCAGCAUCGGCAGUGAUGGCAGCGGUGAAUGUAGAGAGGAUCUAUCGGUACGCUAGGGAGGAUAAAGUGGAGGAGCUAAAAGCAGAGAUACUUGAAGAUGGUGUGCUCAAAGAAGAAAUCAAAUGCCAUACUGGUACCAGGGGAGAUCCAUUGUUGGCAAGGUUACUGAAGGAUGCCUGUAGCCACAAUGCUACUUCUGUUGUCAAGUUCUUGGCAAGCACUGUUGACAAGCACAUGCUGAACCAUCUAGGGUAUUACAGUUUCACUCUUUCUACGGGAGUACUGAUUGAACACUACGGUUGCGCUCUUCAUGAAGCUGUUGAUCGACACUCCGUAAAAUGUUUACAGUAUUUGCUCGAUGCCGGUGCGGAUACAAACGUAACUGAUCAUCGGGGAAAGACACCACUUCACUUUGCCAGUGAGCGGGGUCAUAUUGACUGUAUGCGGCAUCUACUGGACAGCAAAGCCAAUCCAAACCAACCUGACGAGCGGGGAAAGACACCACUUCAAUAUGCCAGUGAGCUGGGACAUAUCGACUGCAUGCGGCAUCUACUGGACAGCAAAGCCAAUCCAAACCAACCUGACAAGGAUAAACGGACGCCACUUCACUAUGGCACUAUUGAGAACAAUACCGACUGCGUUCUGCAUCUACUGCAAGCUGGAGCUAACCCAGAUCAAGGAGAUAAGCUGUCUCAGAAACUUGGCUCGAUGGUACAAUUACAACAGCAGAAAUGUCCAUACCAGGUUACACCCUACAUCGCCUAG